AUGCGCAUUGAACAACGGCAUAUCGCCCUGAUUACCGACAACUGUUCGACGCACCCCAAUUCUCUCCGACCAUCAAAUAAUUAUUCAGGCCCUCCCCCGCCUGUACUCACCAAUAUCACCUUGAUAUACCCACCACCAAAUACUAUAUCUCGUCUCCAGCUACUUGAUCAAGGUAUUAUCAAAGCCUUUAAGGCUACGUACUGCAGACACUAUGCUGACAACAUGGUUCAACACUUCAAUCAGAAUGGUGUUACGCCUCAACGCCUUGAUAUUCUGCAGGCGAUACAUCUAAUUGCAAGAGCGUGGGAUUCAAUUUCAACAGAGACAAUUGUUAACUGUUGGAGGAAGGCCGGAAUUUGUGGACAGGACUAUCAAAAUCAAGAACGCACUCUCGAUGAUCAAUUACAGCACUUUGUCGCGCAGCAGCGCACCUAUUGUCAGAUCGCAAUGCGCCAAAUCUUUGAUCCACUAUCAAGCUUUCAGACUCCAGAUCCAAAUUAG